AGAGAGAGAGAAUUUCUGCUUAACAUAUUGCAUCUAAUUUGCUCACAAUGAGGUAUAUCAUGCAUCCUGUCUGAUAGAUGACUUGUGGUAAAAAGUUCCACCAGAGAGAAGACAUCAGAUGGGUAGCUCCCAAACAAGUUGCAAUUUGUUGGAAAGACAACCGGCGUACACAAGAUGGCCUCAAGUGUCAACAUGAGCGAGUGCAAUCUCACAGAUAUGGACGACAAGAUGAAUACCGUGCGGUUGGUCAUCUACAUCCCCAUCUUCAUUUGUGGGGCCAUCCUGAACGUCAUUGCCCUAGUGGUCUUCUGUUUCCAGCUGAAGAAGUGGAAUGUGUCCACCAUCUACAUGACCAACCUGGUGCUGAUGGACCUGCUGCUUCUCUUCUCCCUGCCCUUUCGGAUGUACAACUCCGAAUGGGCUGCUGACAAGAGGCUCCUCUGCUCCUUCUUGGAGAGCUUAUACUUUGUGAGCAUUUACGGCAGCAUCUACACCAUCACAUGCAUCAGCAUCGAUCGCUACAUAGGCAUUAGCCAUGCUUUGUGGUUCAAAGUGCUGCGCUCCCCGCGUAAGGCCCUGCUGGUGUGCGCCACCAUCUGGGCGCUGGUGUUCGGGGCCACCGCGCCCGUCUACGGUUUCCACACCGGUGACACCGGUGACUUCCGCUGCUUCCACGGCUUCUCGGACAAGGGCUGGAACCUGGCGCUCAUCGCCUGCCUCCAGGUUUUCGGCUUCCUGCUGCCGGCGGCGGUGCUGGUGGCCUGCUCCACCCUGGUGGUCCGCAAGAUACACCGCUCGAACAAAAGCAGUCAGAAGAACCAGGCCUGCGUCCGGGUCAUCUACAGCGGCCUGGUUGCCUUCCUGGUGCCCUUCACACCCAGCCACCUGGCCAUCCUGCUGCAGUUCUUCGUGCGGCGAGGUGCCAUCACGGACUGCCGGCUGCAGGCCAACAUCAGCGUGUUCGUCCAGCUGGCCAUGACCCUGGCCAACAUCACCUGCUGCCUGGACGGCGUCUGCUACUAUUUUGUCACCAAGGAAGUCCGCAACUCCAGUGGCAGUUUCAGAAGAUCAUUCAAUCAAUGGAGAAACACAUCGGAUAUUCAGAACUCAUUUGACCUGGGCACACAAGGGAUCGAGAGAGCAGUUUCCAGGGGCCAGGAGAGCUCAGUAGUGAAGAUCCCAGGAGAGUAGCAGUUUGUGAGAUAUUCAAAUCACCCUGCCUGACACCAACAAUCAUUCCACGGUCCACCAACAAACAGUCACUUUGAUUACAUUUCUUCUCCAUUCUGACGUUUGGUCU